CGUACCAAGUGCGAAGGGAGCAUAAGCACAAUGCUAUUCAAAAUCUUCAAGGCCAGGAAAGCAACCACCUAAUGGCUUUUUGAUUCUGGCCCUGGGAGAAAUUAUAGAACAAUGAAAUAAUACAAAGAAUUGGGUGCUGGAGAUUUGAAACAAAAACAAAAUUGCGAAAGAAACUCAGCAUGUCUGAAAGCAUCUGUGGGGAGAAAACAGAAUUAAUGUUUCAAGUUUGGUGACUCUUCAUGAUUGAACAAAGGUGUUUGCGGGAACUUUAUGAAUUUUGGGACACUGAACAACACAAGGACACAAGGACAGAUGGACUAAGCUUUUCACCAAAAGCUACAAAAAAUGGCUAAAAAGGAAAUGGUUAAACCACUUCUGGGAAAAGAGAGUGAAAUUCAUCAUUGUGACCUCCAGAAAAUCGAUGUUGGCAUUCUGGGAACUGGAGAUUUUGCACGCUCUUUGGCUGCACGUCUGGCAUGUUCUGGUUAUGGUGUCAUCAUAGGAAGCCGACAUCCUAAACGCACUGCAGCUUUGUUUCCAACUAUGGUUGAAGUUACCAGUCAACGGGAAGCCAUAGGCAAGGUCAACGUUAUCUUUGUGGCAGUGAACCAUGAACACUACAGUGCAUUGAGUGAACUAAGAGAUGUUCUGGCUGGGAAGAUUUUGGUGGAUGUCAGCAACAAUAUGAAAAUAAAUGUGUAUGAGGAAUCAAAUGCUGAACGCCUUGCCACUGUGUUCCCAGAAUGCACCGUUGUGAAAGCAUUUAAUGUCAUCUCAGCCUGGGCUUUACAGUUUGGAGCAAGAGAUGGGAAUAAACGGGUGCUGAUCUGCAGUGACAGCCAUGAAGCUAAAUAUCUAGUGACUGAAAUGGCACGAAAUAUGGGAUUCAUUCCUGUGGACAUGGGCUCGUUAUCAGCUGCAAAAGAAAUUGAAAACCUUCCACUUCGCCUUUUUCCUUCCUGGAAAAUACCUGUCCUUAUUGCACUAGGCUUAUUUAUAUUUUUCUAUAUCUAUAACUUCAUUACAAGUGUUAUUCACCCCUAUGUAGUGAAAGGACAGAACAAAUUUUAUAAAAUCCCAGUUGAGCUUGUUAAUGCCACUUUGCCAUGUGUUGCAUUUGUGAUGCUGUCCCUUGUCUACCUACCAGGAGUCCUAGCAGCCAUCUUUCAGUUGCAUAAUGGCACCAAAUACAAACGUUUUCCAUGUUGGUUAGAUCAGUGGCUUCAGCAAAGGAAACAGCUUGGCCUGUUGAGCUUUUUCUGUGCUAUUUUGCAUGCAACCUAUAGCCUCUGCCUCCCAAUGCGCCGAUCUGCACGUUACAAGCUAUUGGAUGAGGCGUUUAACCAGGUCAAAAAUGGUAAAGAAAAUACUUGGGUAGAGGAAGAAGUAUGGAGGAUGGAAAUUUACCUUUUCUUUGGAAUUCUGGCAAUUGGCAUGCUUUCACUGCUUGCUGUGACCUCAUUGCCAUCAGUGGCUGGUUCUAUGAAUUGGAGGGAAUUUAGUUUCAUUCAAUCUGGAUUUGGAAGUGCUGCAUUGGUGAUCAGCACUCUGCACACGCUGACAUUUGGGUGGGCUAAAGCCUUCAACUCAGCCCAAUACAAAUUCUACCUGCCACCUACCUUUACAAUUGCUCUCAUCAUACCUUGCAUGGUGCUUCUAGCCAGAGCGUACCUGUUCUUUCCUUUUGUUAAUCGCAAACUGACACGGAUCAGACGUGGCUGGGAGGUUAAUCGCCAAGUGAAAUCCUGUGGGGGUGGUGAUGCUAGACAACUUUCAGAUUACCAAGCAGAGAACACUAGCAUUGUUUAAGAACUACCUCUGCAAUAUCUAUCACUUAUUUUUUGAAAAUUUGCUAUUUUUCAAUUAAUUAAUCAAGGCACUAAUUCUAUUUCUAGAGUAUUUUGUAAGUUAUGAAUAAAAGCUUUUUUUGACAUGGUUGCUAAAGAAUAGUUGUCUGCAUUUCUAUUUGUUUAUGCUUUGUACAGAAAGAAUGAUUAGCAUUUUAUUCGAAUGAAUAGUUUUUAGGAGGGUUGAUACUGCAGCAGUUUAGUGUCAUUUGUAAUAUUCCAGAAGAAUGUUCAGUAUAUGGAAUAGUACGGAAGAAAUAUAGAGCAGUGCCAACACAAUAGGUAGUUGUAAACAUAUCAAGCACACAUCUUCUUCAUAGUGAAUCCAUAAGAUUACAAGAUCCAAUAUCAACAAGCUGCCACAAAGAAACUACUGCAUUCUAUAAGUCUUGCAGAUUGCACACUCUUCCUCUCAGCCCAAUAGAGGAUAUUGACUUGAUGUCAUCAAACUCUAAACAUUAACUGUUUCUCUUUGCAUAGAUGUGAGCAGAACUGCUGAGGUUUCAGCUAAGAUUCAGUUAAGAAACAGGACUAAGCUAACUUAAGUGACUUGCCUUUCAUUGGAGCUGGAACAGCUAAUUUGUUCAUUCUAUACCUAGUGAUGUGCUUAAUAAGUUAGUGUCAAAAACAGCUCAAUACCCAAAAUGACUUCAGAGGGUAAUGUAUGGUUACUCCUGCACAAUUUAAUAACUCAUAAAAGGAAAAAUACUGCAGAUGGCUGGAAAUCUGAAAUAAACACAAUGCUAAAGAAACUGCGUCUAGCAGCAUCUGUGAACAGAAAUGUUGAAUCUCAUAUGACUUCAGAAUAAGAGUUGGGUGGGGGCUGGGAGAGGGGAGACAGAAAAUGCUCUCACAUGCUGGGCAGGAACACUGAUUCUUUACUUACCCCAUCAGCAGCUCUUCCAAUGUGAUUGCUGCCUUUACCUAGUUUAAGUAUUUUGUUUGCUGUGUGAUGUUUUGGAAUGUCGAGUGCGUGUAACAAACAGAAGCUGUGCCUUUCACUCUACUUUUAAUGGGAUGGAGACAAUUUAAACUUCACACUUUUAGUGUAAGUUGGUGAUGGUUGGGAUUCAAUAAGUGAAUUUAUCUCCAUUUGAAAAAUAUUAACAUAACUUGACUACAACAUAGUUUCUGAUUUCACUCCAUCCUUCCAGUUCCUCAACACAAAAUAAGAGUGGUCUCCAACCUAUUUCAGAAUGAAUAAGCAACCAAUCAUAAGCAGGUGGCUAUUCCAAUCUUUCACCUUUUAUUGCAGGGAAAGUACACAGUUAUUGCUCAAUAUUUUAAGGCAAAAACAUCAUGGAAGAGACUAUUAGGCUAACGAAAUUAAAGCAUACAGUUCUACUGUCAACAUUAACAGGAAAUAACUAAGUUUAUUUAUAUAGAUGAGCACCUUUGAUUCAUAAACAAUUUCAGAAUAUUCUGAAGAAUAAAACAUUUGAGCUCAUUGAAAUUGUUUGAGAUUUAGCACAUUUUAUUUCAAUCACCAUUUUACUACAGGGUUCUUUUUGAACUUUUCAUAAUCUUCUCUCUUAAAACAAGCAAUUUCAGUUUCAUGGGCUGAAAAAUAAAGAGACAAACAUGAAGGUCUUCUAUAAUAUUUUACAAGCUUGUGUUUUGCACAAAACUAAUUAUUGAGAAACUCCACUUGUUUGGAUCUUUACAGUCCUGGUAAAUUCUAUCACUGAAUUUUACAACAGGAAACAAUGGACAGUAAUUAGAGGUACAAACAAAAAGCUGAUUUUGUUUUUAUUUAUUGGGAACGAUGAGAUUUUAAUAGUAUUACAAACUCUACCCCAAAUAAAAUCAGCUAGCUUAGGAUGGAUUGGUGACAGUGACCACAUACUGCAGUGUAUGUAUGGCUGAAAGUGUAUUUUAACCACUCAUUUGGAAACUAGGUUCAGGCCUCAACUACAAAUUGGAUAGAAUUCAAAACUAGCUUUUUUGACUGGUUAUUAUAAACAACUUAGAUUCCUAAAUUUGAAAUACAAAUAAAAUGUCAUGUCAAAUUCCUUCUUUAGCUAAAAUUAAAAUUGCAUCUAAUGUGUUAGUUGGACAUAUAAAUUGACAAAAAUAAAUAAUGCUGCAACAUUUCAGUCUUAAAAGUUUAAUGUUUAAAUACUGUCCGUAAACCUUAAAUCAGUGACAAAUUUGAAAGCUGGAAUUUAGAAUAAAUAGUCGAUAAGCUGAAAUUUCAUUUGAUUUGAAUAUCUAUAUUCUAUUCUGGAAUCUACAACUUGUCCCAAAAAGUAAAUUUAAACUAAUCAAAUUUAAAUAGCUGACAAAAAGAAAUGCCACUGAUCUGUCCAAUUUUACCUGCUCUUUAGAAAACUAUUUCACAUUUACUGUGCAUUACUUUGUAAACAGAUUUAUUUUCACUGUCUGGCAAUAGUUUGGGAUUGGGCUUUGUUAGCAUUCUAACUAGCUUUCAAGUAGGAAUCUACAUUUUACAUGUUUGUUUCAUUUAAAUGUGGAGUUACUCCUAAUUUCUGGUGUUGAAAUGUAAAACUACUUUGUGUUUGAAGAGAUUCUUGGAUCAAACUGGUUUUCACUAAACACAAAGUAAUCAAAGCAAUUCUGAAUGCAAUGAUUGUAUAUUCAUGCACACAAAAUAAAGACAAAAUGUUAAUGGUUUCCUAA